AUGUCGAAAAUACCGUGGGUGCGGGUGUCUAACGCCACACAGGAUCCGCAGACGAGGUGCUCGGUGGCGCAGGAUCAGAUUGUGAAAGUGGUCGGCGAAGACGGCGACUGGUAUCAAAUCGAGACGACCGAAGGCAGUUCAGGACGGGUGCCGAAAGUUCUGACAUUGCCGAUUUCCGAUCCUCCAAGGCAACCGGGUCAGAAAAUCUACUGCUCAACAGAUGCCUACACCUCAAUACGGGCUGACGAUCUUUCUUUCGCGCCAUAUUCUCUAAUUGUUGCUACUCCAUCAAAAUCACACGAGGGAUGGCUUGAAGGGUACAUUGUGGCCGAUAAUGGUGCAAAACUUGGGUCUCCUGGAUUAAUACCGGAAGGAUAUAUGGUACAUCUCGCCGUUCCUUCAGACGUCGAAGCGCCGACUAGUGGAAUGACGCCAUCGUUUACCACGAAUUUUGACGAGUUUGAUGUGAAAUUCCGUAGUAGUCAGCCAACGACGACAGCUGUGCCGGCAGGGAAUGGCUCAUCGAGCUACACAGUGCAGCCGUAUGCGAGAGCCAUGUACGAUUUUCAAGGCGAAUUUGCCAAUGAGCUUUCAUUCAAAGCCAACGAAAUCAUCUCGCUUCGACGACGAAUUGAUGUUGAUUGGAUGGAAGGAUCGAUAGGAAGCGGACGUGUCGGCAUCUUUCCCGUUAGUUUUGUGCAGAUUAUCGUGAAUCUUCCCGAAGAUGAUGAAUCGACCUCGUCAGCGAACGAUAAAAGAAAGAGUAAUGCUGCGGAGAAUGACGGAAUUGGAUUCGCCACAGUGAAGCACCCAUUCACGGCGAGGCAAACCGACGAGCUCAGUGUAAAAACGGGCGAUGCGGUCAGAGUUCUACGUUUGGUCAACGAUGAAUGGGUGAUGUGCAAAGAUCCGGAUAGCGAACGGACUGGAAUUGUACCGGUGGGAUUCUUAGAACUUUAUCUUGACGACGAAGAGGAUGAUGUUGGGCAUAGCUCGAGGAAAUCAACAGCACCGCAAGAUCAAUCGUUUUCAACUCUUGGACGGAAUUCGUUUGUGGCGCCGGCAGGGAUUCCGGAUUGGAGGACGUCGACGAGAAUCGAAAGUGUUCCAAGCUCGUCGAAUGAUGAUUGGGCGACGUUCGACACAGGCUCAACGAAAAGCGGCGGGACGACACCAACUCCGCACCAAUGGGCGACAUUUGGUGAGGACUGGAUCGCCGCUGAACAACCGAAAGCGACUGCACCGGCAAGACCACCUCCGCCAAAGCAGUCUUCGAUUCAGUCGCCAAAUGACGUUGUCUCGGUUACCGAAAUGUUCGGAAUGGUUGAACGUCAAGCGCCUCCACGACCAGUGGCUCCCAGCUCGAUGUUCCAAACGGCCACUGAUUUCGAAAUGGGUAUCGAGACAGUCACUCAAGGAGCAGCAACGAAUGACGACAAACGUAAUAAGAUUCUAGAGGAGCUCAUUAACAGUGAACUCCAAUUCAUCACGGAUAUUAAUAGCUACAUUGAGGCUGUCAACUCGACGAAUUACCUGAGCACGAAACAAAAAGUGAUCAUGAAGAAUGGGUGUGCGCAAAUUGUGCAACUCUCCGGAAAUCUCGUACAGCUUCUGACAUCUGAGCAAAUAAAACCUGUGGAUUCUCAAGCAAUCGGCGCAUGUUUCCUUCAACUCCGCAAACCAUUUGCUCAAACCUAUGGAUACUACUUUCGUAAUAUCGAACAAAUAAAUCAAAUGCUCACUUCUGCGAAAACUGAAAAAGCGAUGGCAGAAGCUCUGAACGAUGUUGUGCGAAGGAUGCGAGAGAACGGCGCCGGUGCGAUCGAUGGAGCGACGGCUGUCGGACGGCCUGUCCAGCGUUGCCUCAAAUAUCCGUUGUUUCUGAAUGAGAUCACCAAAUUGACGAGUGUAACCCAUUUGGAUCAUCCGAAAUUGUUGGAAGCCAUCAAAACAAUGUCGAAUUUGGGACAAAAGAUGAAUGAGAGCAAGAGGAGGAAAGAAUUAACGCGAAAGUACAUGUCGGAAGACAAACAAUCGUUUGGAGAAAUGCUCUCGAAAAUGACAUUUCAUUCGUUGAAAAAGAAAUCGAAUCGAUUCACGUAUCGAAUGGGAUCAUCUUUGGGAGUUGUCAAAUUGCAACGAGAUCCUCAAUUCGACCGACUUGUCUGCGAGCUUGACAGCGCCGAACGUCGCCUUGUUCGUUUCAAUUAUAUGCUCGUGAUUUAUAGGAAAAAAAUUUAUCAUGAAACUCGGGUUCUCCUCCAAAAGAAGAUCAUCGAGCCUCGGAAAAAGCAGGUUUCUAGUAGCGAUGUCGAUCAUCAAAUGUAUCUCUUCAAUGAAGCUGUUCGGGUAUUCUCGGAGAUCAUCAAUGCACGGGUACGAGAUGAGAUUGUGAGAUCUCUUCGCAAUUUGCCAAAAAGAUUGAUCAAGAAAAGAAAUGACAAAUUGAUGGAUUACGAAGCGGCGAAAUCCAAGGAGAAAGGAAAUUCGAAACGAGAUUUUGUUGAGAUUCAAAAGGAUUAUGAAGCUCUGAAUAUGCAAGUCAAACAACAACUACCUAAAUCCAUUGACUACUUGAAUAAAACGCUGGUAGAUGCGAUGAAGUCUGUGCAGCUUGAAGAUCAGGAUCUGAUGGCAAAUCUUCGCAGUAUAUUCGAGCAAGCGAAGAGCGUGUCUGGUGUUGAUCAGCACAGGAAGCUGAUUCAGCCGAACACUCCCUGUUUCGUGGAUUAUUUCGAUCCGGAUCGACUCAAACCGCUUCAGAAAAUUGCUAACAAAGCUGCACAGGCGGCAAGAAUGAGAUCGAGAUCGCUUUCUCCGACUUCCAAAGCCCAUCAGCACGAUCCUUCACUUCCAUCAAUGUGGAAAUCCGAUGCAUCGACGGCAGCACCAUCGGCGACAUCACCGGCUGCUUCCACACCUUCCGCGGUGACGUCAGCUCCGAAAUUCCGUGCGCAAACGUUGUCCGAACGGAAGACGAUGUUGGAGAAGGCACGAAUGAAAGGGAGAAUGAACGAUAUGUUCGUAGCGACUUCGAACUAUCCAGUUGAUGCCUCAAUGGUGAAAUACGCCGAAAGCGAGGGCAAAGUGUUGAUUGUUCGACAAAACGAUUUGGUACUCGCUGUGAAUCGCGAUGUUCCAAGUUUGUGGCUGUGUUACAAUGGAUACUACAACGCGCCUCUUCCCAGCAAUAUUCUGAAACCCUACAAUGAGCAAGUCGAAACGGGAAUCGAUGCAGUCAAAACUAUUAGCACAACAACGACAAGACCUCAUAGCACUCCGCCGAAGAGUCAAAAUCUCAUCGAUCUUGAGGAUUUGUUUGGUUCAAGUAGUAUUCCAGCGGCGCCUGUUCUCGCUCCAGUACCUGUGCAGCAAACUCAGUCGAAGCCAAUUACUGAUUGGGCUGCUGCCGCGCAAACGCUUCCUCUGGCUCCGCCUCCUCCACAACCCCAACCGCAGCCUCAAACACUGGAUUUGUUCUCGAGUUUGAGUAUCAACUCGAACUCGAAACAUGAAAAGCCGCCGGCGGCACCUUUCGAGGCACAUUUCCCACCACAAAAUAAUUCGCAGACUUCAACGGCGCAGGCCAAUUACGACAUUGAUGAAGAUCAUUUGUUCGACGGUGUCACCUCAAUAAACUGGGGAGCUUCAUCAUCGUCGACCGCUGCUCGAACACCGUCGCUUCCUAAUCUCAAUUCGGUGCCUCCAUCUCGACCCGAUUACACCACUGGCAUAUUCAAUCCAGAUUCGUUGCCCGCCACCGCGCCUCCACCACUUCCAGUCAUCAUCAACCCCCAAAAAGAAGUGUUCAACGAUGCCUUCUCGGGUCAGACCAAUUUGUUCCCGGUGAGCUUCGAUGAGUCGCCAAGCCUUCCGCCGAUGCCGAUCACCCAACGAUCGGCGUCGGCCGUCGCGAAUCCGACUGUUUGGCCGUCUUCGACAAGUGUUCGAGCUGAUUCACCGCAACCCUUGAUACCGUCUCGUCCAGCACCGACGGUGAAGAAUGGAUUCAAUGGAAAUGCGCAAGCUUCUUAUGAUUUUCCACCGACGACAUCGCAACAAGCUCCACUUUACUCAGCUGUUCCGAAUGAACCAACAAACUAUUCCGUGCCGCCCAUGUAUGACCUAACACCUCAACCUCUUACUCCAACUCCAAUCGCGCCCAAGCCAGCUGCUGCUAAUCUUUACGAUGCUCCACCAUGUUUUGCUUCUCAAUACGAUCAACCACCAAUAGAAGCUUCUACUUCUUCUGUUCAGCCAUCUACAUCAUCCGUUAUCCGACCAAUCCUUUGCGAGGUGCGAGCCGACUAUGACUUCGUCCCCCAGGGAUCGAAUCAAGUUGAGAUAAAAGAAGGCGAAGUGGCCGGAGUCUUGCAACGAACUGACGAUGACGGAAAUCCUGAGUGGCUUCUUAUCAAGAAGUCAAACGGACAGGUUGGAUAUGUGCCAGCUGCAUAUUGCCACCCUAUUUAG